AAGCUGUCAAGAAGGAUCAGAAGUUUGGAGUGGUCUCGCUCUGGAGCAAUAUACCUCGUCAUCGAAUGUAUUUGAAUGAUUCGAACACGGCACGUCUUCCUAUUUGCCGUUCUCCUGGCUUUUGCUAGCUCACAAACCCCAACGCCAGAAGCCAAAUCAUCAGAGCAGUCACUGGAGGAAAACAAAUUUUUCCCUCUGCCGCCCACAACUCCGUUUCCCACAAAUGCAGUGGCGGCCACUGAUGAAGAUGGAGAGGAACUAUGCACUUCUGAUAAAACAAUCAUCGAAAAAUUGCUCAACAAUUAUAAAUCCUUCAGAACACCAUCGGAGUCAGGCGUAAUUGUGUGGAUAGAAGUCUGGGUUCAAGAAGUGAAUUCAGUAAAUGAAAUCACAAGUGACUUCGAUAUGGACAUCUACGUCACCGAGCUCUGGAUGGACUCGGCACUUCGAUAUGAACACUUGAAUCCGUGCAAAUACAAUUUGUCUCUCAAUUCUGAAAUCCUCGACCAAAUCUGGAAGCCUAAUACGGUUUUCAUCAAUAGUAAAUCUGCGAAUAUUCACAAAUCACCAUUCAAAAACGUGUUCCUUAUGAUAUACCCGAAUGGUACAGUAUGGGUGAACUAUAGGGUUCAGGUGAAAGGACCUUGUUCCAUGGAUUUUAGUGCUUUUCCAAUGGACCAACAAUCUUGUCAUCUUACGUUGGAAUCUUUUAGUUAUAAUAAUCAGGAGGUUGAUAUGCAAUGGAUGAAUUGGACAACGCCUUUGUCGCUUUUGAAGAAGGAAAUAGUCCUUCCUGAUUUUGUUAUGUCCAAUUAUUCUACAUCCUUGAAACAUGAAAUAUAUCCUGCUGGUGUAUGGAACGAGCUCACAAUGACAUUUGUUUUUAGUCGACGUUACGGGUGGUAUAUUUUCCAAGCAUAUAUUCCAACAUAUCUUACAAUAUUUAUCAGCUGGAUCAGUUUUUGCUUGGGACCAAAAAUGAUACCAGCCAGAACAAUGCUAGGGGUCAAUUCUUUGUUAGCCUUGACAUUUCAGUUUGGUAACAUUAUGAGGAACCUGCCACGAGUAAGCUAUGUAAAAGCUUUAGACGUUUGGAUGUUAGUCUGUCUAACAUUUGUGUUUUGUUCCUUAUUGGAACUUGCGAUCAUUGGCUCAAUGGGUGCUCGUUCUGAGAACCGACAAGCUCAACAACAAAAACAACAAGAUGAAGAAGCGACAAAACAUCAGAAAGGUCGGGAGAAUAGUACAUGCUCUCAUCUAAUGUCUCCAUCAUCGUGCCCAAACAGCCCAAGGAUAUGUAGAAACCAUAUUCCGAAUGAUGUUCCGCAGUCGUUCAAAAGUUACGGAUCAACAGACCCAAGAAUGCGAAAACGGCUCAUAAUUGCGUCGAGCAGCACAAUUUCCCAUGCUCCAAAUGCCAACCGAUCCGAGAAAGUAUUACUUCUAGAUGGAUUAGAAGAGACACAAUUUUCUCAAGUGGAAACCAAGUUUAGUUCAAUGGCAUCGAUAAAAAUGAAGAAGCAUUGGACCACAGAAGAAAUCGAUCGAUUGUCGAUGAUAAUGUUUCCCGGAUUGUUCACACUGUUCAACAUUAUAUAUUGGACAUAUUACCUUACUGUUAACACAUGACUUUUUAUCACAAACAUAUUAUUCUUUGCCCGGAAUUCUUUUCAAUACUUUCUCGUACGUGCCUGUAUUUUUUGAACCACCUCUUCUAUCUUUUUAUUUUAUUUAACACAUUCUUUAAUGAAGUUUCAAAGAAC